UUCCCAUUUUGUGGUGACUGGAGAACAGAAUUAAAAGGAAAGGACAGGCACCCUGAGGUUGUCUAGUGCCUUGCAGCCGCAGCACGCUGCUCCGCUGUGGGGGGAGCUUUAUAAACAGUCUGCUGCGAAGUGUGCUACCCCUUUAAGAGACUGGUCAAGGAGUCCUAGCUCAGAGAGAGAGCGAGCCAGGGAGAGAAAGAGAGAGAGAGAGAGAGAGAGAGAGAGAAAAUCAAUCGGUUUAGAAGGUUUGGACUCACUUGACAGGUUCAGUUGGAGGCGAUCAUAGGUGGCUGCUGUGACAAAGGGAAAUUGUGCUUUUCCAGCAUGCUAACUGACCCUGAUUUACCUCAGGAGUUUGAAAGGAUGUCUUCCAAGCGACCAGCCUCUCCGUAUGGGGAAGCAGAUGGAGAGGUAGCCAUGGUGACAAGCAGACAGAAAGUGGGAGAAGAGGAGAGUGACGGGCUCCCAGCCUUUCACCUUCCCUUGCAUGUGAGUUUUCCCAACAAGCCUCACUCUGAGGAAUUUCAGCCAGUUUCUCUGCUGACGCAAGAGAACUGUGGCCAUAGGACUCCCACUUCUCAGCACAACACAAUGGAAGCUGAUGGCAAUAAAGUGAUGUCUUCAUUUGCCCCGCACAACUCAUCUACCUCACCCUUGAAGGCAGAAGAAGGUGGGCGUCAGAGUGGAGAAUCAUUGUCCAGCACAGCCCUGGGAACCCCUGAAAGGCGCAAAGGGAGCCUAGCAGAUGUUGUAGACACCCUUAAGCAAAGAAAAAUGGAAGAGCUCAUCAAAAAUGAGCCAGAAGAACAAUUAGACAAGAAAAGGAAACAGAAGGAGAAAUACCAGCCUCUCCACUUGCCAAAAGAAUUGUCACAUUCCUCUCUUCUGUUCCGAGAAACUCCCAGUAUUGAAAAGCUACUAUCAAAGGACUGGAAAGACAAGCUUCUUGCCAUGGGAUCAGGGAACUUUGGAGAAAUAAAAGGGACUCCAGAAAGCCUCGCUGAGAAAGAAAGGCAGCUCAUGGGUAUGAUCAAUCAGCUGACCAGUUUGCGAGAACAGCUGCUAGCAGCUCAUGAUGAACAGAAGAAGCUGGCUGCAUCACAGAUCGAGAAACAACGCCAACAAAUGGAGCUGGCUAAGCAGCAACAAGAACAGAUUGCAAGACAACAGCAGCAGCUCCUGCAGCAACAACACAAAAUUAACCUUCUUCAGCAGCAGAUCCAGCAGGUCCAGGGUCAGCUGCCUCCAUUAAUGAUUCCCGUAUUCCCUCCAGACCAACGAACCCUAGCAGCAGCUGCUCAGCAAGGAUUCCUUCUUCCUCCUGGUUUCAGCUACAAAGCGGGAUGCAGUGACCCUUACCCCGUUCAGCUGAUCCCAACUACCAUGGCAGCUGCUGCCGCAGCAACACCAGGCUUAGGCCCACUCCAACUGCAGCAAUUGUAUGCUGCCCAGCUUGCUGCAAUGCAAGUGUCUCCGGGAGGCAAGAUACCUGGCAUACCCCAAGGUAACCUUGGUGCUGCUGUAUCCCCUACCAGCAUCCACACAGACAAGAGCACAAACAGCCCUCCACCCAAAAGCAAGGAUGAAGUGGCCCAGCCUCUGAACCUUUCAGCCAAACCCAAGACAUCUGAUGGCAAAUCUCCCACAUCACCCACCUCUCCUCAUAUGCCAACUCUGAGAAUAAAUAGCGGGGCCAGUUCACUAAAAUCCUCUGUGCCAGCAACAUUAGCUAGUCCGUCGGCCAGAGCUAACACAAUAGAUAUCCUUUCUUCUAUCACGUCGUCAGGUUAUUUAAAUGACCACGAUGCUGUUACCAAGGCAAUCCAGGAGGCCCGACAGAUGAAGGAGCAGCUUCGGAGGGAACAACAGGUGCUUGAUGGGAAAGUGGCUGUUGUGAAUAGUCUGGGUCUCAAUAACUGCAGGACAGAAAAGGACAAAACGACACUGGAGACCCUGACUCAGCAACUGGCAGUAAAACAGAGUGAAGACGGGAAGUUUAGCCACGCAAUGAUGGAUUUCAACAUGAGUGGAGAUUCUGACGGAAGUGCAGGAGUUUCAGAAUCUCGAAUUUAUCGGGAAUCCAGAGGGCGUGGUAGUAAUGAACCCCAUAUCAAGCGUCCAAUGAAUGCAUUCAUGGUGUGGGCUAAAGAUGAACGAAGGAAGAUCCUUCAGGCCUUCCCUGACAUGCACAACUCCAAUAUCAGCAAGAUACUAGGAUCUCGCUGGAAAGCUAUGACAAACCUAGAGAAGCAGCCAUACUAUGAGGAACAGGCCCGACUCAGCAAACAGCACCUGGAGAAAUACCCAGACUACAAAUAUAAACCAAGGCCGAAGCGUACCUGCCUUGUAGAUGGCAAAAAAUUGCGCAUUGGUGAAUACAAGGCUAUCAUGCGCAACAGACGCCAGGAGAUGAGGCAGUAUUUUAACGUUGGGCAACAAGCACAGAUUCCCAUUGCCACGGCGGGCGUAGUUUACCCGGGAGCCAUCGCCAUGGCAGGAAUGCCUUCCCCACACCUGCCCUCCGAGCACUCGAGCGUCUCCAGCAGCCCGGAGCCCAGCAUGCCCGUCAUCCAGAGCACUUAUGGCAUCAAAGGCGAGGAACCUCAUAUCAAGGAAGAGAUGCAGACCGAUGACAUCAACGGAGAAAUCUAUGACGAAUACGAUGAGGAAGAGGAUGACCCCGAUGUGGACUAUGGCAGUGACAGUGAAAAUCACAUUGCGGGGCAAGCCAACUGAUCAGGGUCCACAUGUCACGUGACCUACAGGACUUCAAGGAGAAAAGAAAAAAAUAAAUAAAGCCCCAUCUGGUUUAUCCUUGCCAGUGGCCAAGCACAUUAACUUUCUCAUACACUGACUGUUACUUUAACUGUUAGUCUUAACUAGUUGGGACAUCAGCUGACUAAUAGACAUCAGCCUGCAUCAGAAAAAAAAAAGGCUCAGAAGAAAGGAAACAAAGACAACGAUGACAACAACAACAGAAUGAAAUAAGCUAUGGGUAAAAUAAUGCCAGUAAUUCAGCUGCUAUACCCAAGCACUGAAGUCUUACCCGUUGACCUUUUAUUUUAUUUUUUUUUCAAAUAAACUUUAUGGCUGUUUGUUCUACAAUGUUCUAGAAAUUCUCACUCAGGUACACAGUGCCAACAAGUGGCUUGUGAAUGUGUUUUGUUGUUUUGUGCUACAGUUUAAAGAGAAAUAAUUUUUUUUUUUGGUAAUGCACCUGACAGGAACGAGAAAAGAUAAAAUUCCUUUUACCCCCUCUGUCUCCUCCUCCUCCUCCUCCUCCCUGGCAAAUCUGGGUCAGAAGUGUAUGUGCUUGCGUGCGCGUGUGCGUGUGUGCGUGUGCGUGUGCACGUGUCUGGCAAGGAAGGAAGUGGGGAGUCUGUUUCUGUUAACCCCAACAAGCAAUUAUUUCCUUUCAAGAGAGGACUUCUCUUCAUCAGUUGCACACCAUACUGAGUCUUUGAGCAAGUGCCAAAUUUGUACUAAAGCGCUGAGCUAGUCCAAUUUGCUUUUUUUGGUUGGUCUCUUCUUCUUUUUUUGUUGUUUUCUUUGGUUUUUGUUUUGCUUCCUGCUCUGUCGUAAGUUAGGACAGUGUUAUAUCUUAGACAAUCCCUAGAAGAACCUGAUAUACCAGCAGCUGGUGAGAUUAGACAUAUAUUUUUGGCUUUGGUUUUGCUUUUUAAAGGAAACUGUAGGUGCCGUUCUCAGGUGAAAAAGAGAGAGAGAGAGAGAGAGAGAUGUAAGAAAUUUAGAGAAAAAAUAUUUUAUGAUCUUGGAUUUUCAUGUGUGCAUGUUUAUGGUACUAAUAAGAAUAAUAUUGGACAAUUGUGAGCAAAAAGCAUGUUCCCGAAUGAAAUCCUGUACCCUCUAAAUGACUUGGUCUGUAAGGAGCCUUUGCUUUUAAUUUACACUUCAAGUGGAAGCAUAUAGAAAAAGAUUGUCCAAAAUACGGUUUGUUCGGGACAGGACAGGGAAACUGGAAAUGUUAAGACCUUGCUGAGUGUAAUUACAUUACCACAAUGUCCAGUUUUAAUGAAUUUAUACUCACAGGUUUGCUGAGUACUGAUGUCCGAUUCAAAAUGCAAGGUUUUUUUACAGGCAGUUUUUGCCUUUGCACUUGCAGAAAUCCAUUUUUAUCAGUGGGGUUUUUGUGGAAGAAAGCAGGCUAAGAGAUCACAAGAGAUUUCCAUAUCCAAAGUGAGUGUGCAAGAACCCAAACCUUUGAGGUACUGACUUUCCUUAGCUGUUGCCUCGCACAAGUAAAAGCAAAAGUAAAAAACUGUAAAAGUAAAUAAAAGUAAAAUUAAUGUUUUCAGUGUUCAGAUAUCUUGCUUUCAUAAUUUUGCCUUACUUGGGCAACAGCAACCAGGACGAGGACAGUGGAUUUACACAAGCGUAAUCCUGAGCUGAAGUUAGUCGUUGUAUUUUCAGUAAGGUAACUGACUGUUACGCUGUAUUUCGGAAAAAAAAAAAAGUAAAUACAAGUGAAUCAGAGAGUCUCUUCUCGUUUCCUUACUCUGACCGUCCUCUAGCAAGAGAGUGCCCAGUUUCAUGUAGCAAGACAGGAGUGAUAGAUCUAAACCAACUGACCGACCGAAAAGGCUACCUCUAAUUUCAAACAGCAGCUAUCCAGUGUCUCCUCUCUGUCCUGGGAAGUAAACUAUCACGGUCUUACAGCGAAAAAAGCCUUCCUCUGAGUCCAUUUCCUAACUGAAGAUGCCACCUCAAUAUUCAUAAUGCUUGCUGGUAAAUCCCAGCUCCUAGGGAGAGGCUCGGGGCUACCACUGUCACUUCAACUCCUAAGAGAAAGCCCUGUGCGCAUUAGCGUCAGCAAGACGCCAGCCCAAGGGGUUACCAAAACUGAGGCAUUUAGUAUUUGGCAACCCAGAUUUUGCAGACGGUCCCUUAGCCAGGCAAAUUCAGAGCUUGGUGUAAUCAGCCACUUAAAUCCAGGUGUGGGACAGAAGGGAAAGGUAGCAGGAGAGACUGGGAAGGAGGGCGAGGGGGGGUCUGGCUUGGCCUCUCAAAAUGCCACUUGAAGUGUAAAUUGGCCUCCACAGACCUCGUGCAAGCAAACAAGCAGAUGCCAUUGAAGAGUUAGGACAAUACUCUGAUGAGCGGUUUGGACGUGUGAUAGUUUUACCCUGCACCAUCUGUUUUUUUUUCUUUUUUUCCUGUUUUCCUUUUUCCCUUUUUAAUUUCCACCUCUGCCUCGAAACUUCUAUUUUCUCUCUCUCAGAAGAUUUGCUCUGGAGUUACGCUUGGAGUAGCUGAUCAUAUCCUCCAUGUCAGAGAGGGUCCUUUUUGUUUGUAUUUUAUGACUGUAUUUUUUUUUCAGUUGAACUGCCUCUUCUUGCUAGUGUUGUAAUGGUAAUUAUAAUAAUAAUAAUAAUAAUGGUCAGCUGUUCCCAGAUUAGUAAAUUAUGUAUAAUUUAUUUUAUACCCCAUCCUUUUUUAACUUUAUUUUAUUCUGUUCUAAUUUGGCAGUGCAGCAAAUGAAGCUGUUAGGCUAUUUAAAAUGGAUACCCCUCCCCACCUUGCCUUUUUAUAUAUAUAUAAAUAUAUAUAUAUACAUAUGAAAACAAAUCACUUCUUCUUCUGCUCACACUAUUCCUCUUUCUUUUAUUUUAAUUUUGGCCCCAGCCAUGUCAACUUCUGAUGUUUAUUAUGAUGGAGUGAAUUAAUGGGAGUGCUGUUUUCAAUCUUAAUUAACUUCUGCUCUCUCAUCACUCAUUUUAGUUAUUUAAUUACACCAGUCAUCUAGAGCCAAUUUUUUUGAAGCACUCUGUUUGGAUAAGAAGGAAAAAAAAAUAGACAAUUGUUUUUAUAUCAUUGUUAUGUACAAUGUGAAAACAGAUAUUUGCUCUUUUUUUAAAAAAAAAAAAAUUCAAUUUGUUCCCUGUCUUUGUGAACAAAUUACUUCUGACUCUUGUGGGUUCACCUCACAUUUGCUGGAUGCUUGAUUUCCACCAUGUUGUAGAGGCUCUCUGGUUUAAUUAUGUAACUUUGGGCUACCAGGAUACUUUGUUUUAGCUCCAGGUAGGUGCCACUGAGGCAGGCGGGAUCGGAGCAAACCUUAGGCACCGGGGCUGGAAAGCCGGCCGCGAUGAAGUCAAGGGGGUAAAUGGCUUUUUGACUUCAGCGGGGCUGAGCUCCCCCCUUCCCCCGCGCCGGGCUCCCCCCUGCCCCGUGGCGGUGGGGGGCCGUGGGGCUGAGCUCUCACGCCGGCCAUGGACGAUGCUGCAGGGCUCUUCCGUGGGCCGCAGCUGCCGGGAUGAAGGCUCGGAGGAACGCCGAUUUUGUUGCGUACGCAAAGUCUGUCUGAGAGACUGUGCGCAAGCCUGGCUGUGGGGCCAGGCUUUUCGAAGGGGUAGCUUUAGCAAACUAUCCGCUUCCUGCAUUUGGACGUUGAAGCUGAUGCAGCAUUGUUAAAAGAAAAAAAAAGAAAAAGGAAAAAAAGGAAAAAAAAAAAAAAAAACGGCUCUGGGGUCCCAAACCAGCAAAAUACUUAGGCUAGUGCUUUGUCGGGUCAAAGUACGAGCGCCCAGAUAAGUAGAAGAGCAGAUUUGAAAAUGUGGCCCUGUUUGUCCCUCUUUAAUUUCUUUAAAAAACAAAGCAAAACGUAUAUUCAUAAACAAAGAUCUUCGUGUCUUGUUUCUUUUUUGUCCUGGGCUCCGCGCCCUUGAGCGCGUAGAAAAACCAGGUUAGAAGAGAUUAGGAUUGUAUUAACCUCAAAGCGCAUCAGGGCCCUCGCGCCUACCUGCGCCUCCUUCCCCUCUUCCCUGGGAAGCUGGCGAGCCAGGGCGGUCUGGCCAGAGCCGCGGUGGCCGUGCUUCCCAUUCCCUCCAAAAUCCGGGGAGCUGCUUACUCCGGUGCGUCUCGGGAGCUCACAAAGGACCGAUACCAGCAGUGGGGAAAAGGGGGAAAGAAAGAAAGAAAGAAAGAAAGAAAAAACUGAGGCACUUGCUUCUAAGCUCAAUUAAAUAACACAGAGUAUAUCCUUUUUCAAUUUAUUCAUGCCUUAUAUUAGUAAAAUAGGAUUUUUAAGUGCAUUUAACAUCUUUAUUUAACCGUUCCGCUAUAUUAAUCAGGCCCCCAGAAAAGAACACUAGCUAUUAUUAUAGCAUUUAAUUAGUUUUGUAACCAAAUCCUCUUAUUACGAAUGCAUAUGGAAGAAAUUCUUUCUUCGAAGACAUUAUUUCAAAGAUUUGGUUACUGCAGUAGACUCUCUCUUUAAUUAAAUCAUUUUUUAGAAAGUAAAUUGUCUUUAACCUUUUUACAGCACAUUUUCAGAGCUUUUUAACCCAAAGAGAUGAGCUGUUAUUGUCCCCGAAGAAGCCUCUGACAUCACGUUUGUAACAUCAAAAAUAAUUAUACUCCGUGGAAACAUAGACCUUACUUAGCAAGAAUUCAUCUGCUAGAAAGAAUGGCAACUAUAGAAUAUCUUGUAUGUUUAAGGGCGUGAUUUAUCAAAUAGGAAGUCUUUUUGUCUGCCCACUUCUUGAUAGAAUCAUAUCUUCAAUUUUGCAAAGAAAUGUGUGUAAUUCACUAGAUGUGGAUUCAAGUGUAUCCUCAAUUCACAGGGCAUGGGCUGGAUGUUUAGCUUGGUUUAUAUUUACAUUUUUUCAACUUUAUCUUAACUUGUCAGUUUCCCAGAUUGAAGAACAUGUCAAGUUCAUUUUUUCUACUGACUGAUUUCUCUACUCCCCAGUGUUUUUGUCACUGGUUUGCUGAAACAGUAUUUAUAUAGCUCCAUUGGCUCUAAAGCUCUUACUCCUUCUAACAUUUUGGAUUUUACAAGUGAAAUGAAAAUAGAAAAGAAAUAGAGACAAUCAAAUGCCUGGAGCUUAAAACAAAGUAUGUGCAACCUACCAUCUCACUUGAAAUUUAAUAAAAGAAAUAAUUAUGUAAAUAUAACAUAGAGUUAUAGAUUUAUAUUUUGUUCAUAACACAUAGUGUAAUAUAAGUUGUAUAUUUUCAUGUUUUGGUUUUAUGUUAUCAUUCAUGCCACAAUAAAUAAAAAAAACCAGGAGUUGAUGUACUCUUUAAAAAAUACAAUGUGGGUUGCCACCAUUCUGGGUUUUUUGUUUUUGUUUUUUGGGUUUUUUUGUUUCUUUUGCAUUCCCCUUUUUCAGUAUUAUUGCCCUGCAAGGCACCAAUAAAACAGCAAAUGUGUUCUUUACCUA